AUGGCCCAACCUCUGUCUGAAGCUGACAUUCUGUUUCCGCAUCUUGCAAACAACCCCAACUUCUCCAGCACACUUUCCUCGCUGAAAAGGUCUGCGCUGUCGAUACAUAACCGCCUCACUUCAAUCAUCUCAGACAGUGAAUUCGUUGCCUCAGUCUCAGAAGCAUAUCGCCUUCCACUUGUAGCUAAUGAGCGCUGUGGCUCUUGGUACAUUCCUCUCGAAAGAAAAGCAGAGGGCGUGUACUUCAAGAGCACGGAUGGUCAUAUGAGCCAAUGGGGGUUCAGUUUGCGGCGGCUGAAUCUGCAGCUGCUCGAUGUUGUUCAAAACCAUGGUGGUGCUGUGGUUGUGGACUCGACUAGGCGAGGGAAGAGUAUGCCUGAUGCGCUGAGUAAAACGAUACCGAUCUGGUGUUGUGUAAUCAACCGCGCCGUGUUUGGUGCGGAGGGGCAGUAUGCGAUGUACACGCCGCCACAAGCUGUUUCGUCGAGCGAACAUGCGCAGAUUGCAAGCAGGAUUGAUGGAUUUGUGGCCCACUUCCUCACUUCCAUCCGAUUGUUCUUUGCACAGCAUCACGGCGCGUCCAAGGCGCUGAAGCAUCAGAAGGCGGCUACAUUCAAGGCGCUGCUGAUGACCACGAAGCCUGGAGCCAUGGACUCACACCGCCGCGAAGAGGACGCACCAGAUGUUGUGGCGAAGUUGCUCGAGGAGGAGUCCCAGAAUAGUACCGAUUCUACAGCCACUUUAGUCAAACCCACCACCAGCCUUUACAUCUCGCCGAGUCAAAACGUUGACUUGAACAGAUUUGAUGUAGUUGUUAGCUGUACUCCAGAACCACUGUCGUCCGCCAGCCUCAAGGAAGCAAGGAUCAAGCAUUACUUGCCACUCAAAUGUCAGAGUGGCAAGCUCGGUUCUCGUGAUCUCCGGAAUGAACUGCCUGUGCUUCAAGGUUUUCUUUCCUCUCUUCCCGCAGUUUCAUCUCUGAAGGUGCUAGUCACCUGCCCAACCGGCAAAGACCUCUCCGUUGGAACCGCUCUCGCCAUACUUUGCCUCCACACUGAUGAAAGCGGCCACAUCGAUCUCAGUACAAGACGCGGCGCUGCGGAAAUCAACAAGAACUUCAUAAAACAGCGCCUGAGCUGGAUCACAACGUCGAACCCAGCUCUGAACCCAAGCCGGACGACACUGCAGAGUGUAAACUCUGUGCUUUUGACGACUCAGGAUCCCAAGGUGAUGAAUGGCGGAUUAAAAUUCAACGCAAGAAGGAAAUAUGUAUACCAACUGAUCGACGAUGCGGUGGUGGUGAAGUUCUUCGACGACGAGAAAUUUCCGCGCGCCAAGGUGGAAGACGGAGUUGGCAAGGAGGGCGAGGGAAUCGGCGGGAUGUUUGUUGAGAUGGACACGCUUGUCGUGAAGGAGGCAUCGAGCGGAGAAGUCGCGGCAAAGAAUAAAGAACAACAUCUCUGCGCCGAGGACUUGUAUUCUGCGAGUUGGAGAUUCAACAAGGGCAUGACUGGAGGAGAGGGCCCAAUGUGGUGGGAAGUCAGGUACGACGUCAAAGGACCGAAGAAGGAUUACAUUAGUUCGACUCGGUACGAGAGAAGCGUGUAG